CGGCGUCCGCCCGCGAGGACAGCGCGUUUCCACAAACAAGUUAUUAAUAUGAGUUUUAUGAAGAUAUUUUUGUGUCCUUGUGCCUUUCCCAGUAACGAACUUGUGGAGAUGCCAUUGAAUUGUAGCAAGCGUCUUUAUACAAAUCAGGAUGGCGAAGCUUAUAGCUUCAACAACGCAAGUUCAUCCAGAAUAAAUGAUAAUGGAUAUAAGAAACGCAAUCCAAAUAACAAAGAUAAACUAGAGGUACCUGAAAAUAAACGUCUUAAAAGUAACAAAAGUGAUUUAUUUCACAUUGAAGACGCUGACAGUGACGUAGACUGGGAGUUUCUUGAGAGUAUAGAAGUACAGUGGGACGCUCUACAAAACGGCAACGAGGACAGCGCAUCUGAUAAUGCUUCCGAAAUUUCCAUACCUCAGAACAUUAUUAGAUACAUGAAAAAAGUAUUUCCCAGGAAGAAGAAAUCUACUGGAACAAAAAAGACAGAAACUGAUAUAAAAAAGAGAGAUUCAGGAAUUAAAUUUGAGAAUGACCCGUCGGUUAAACUGCCUUACGAAGAACAAACUAUAGGGUUAACGAGAACUUAUAAAGUAGAGUUCAAGAGCAUUAACAAUCAGGUACUUGAAAAACACGGGAAAGAGACAGACAGGCUUAUGACGAGGCUUGAUGACUUGUGUACUAAGAAGGUAUUGAAGAAAAUGAAUGGAAUAAUGAAGUUUAAAGAGGAACGUAAGAAGACCGCAACCGAACAUGAAGUGUGCCCCAACUGCCGUGGAGAAUUUUGUCUCGGGAAAAAGCACAGCUGCAAAGUGUGCGCAGGAGUUAUCUGUAAAAACUGCUCUAAAUUUUUGGACAUCCACAUUGCUAGAUCCAUAAGAAAACCCACAAGUUCAGAGCAUACGGAACAGUACGAAGAUAUGAUUCACAUACCAACUAUAUCGAUUCAAUAUAACAAUGUAAGAGGCGCCAAAUCUGACAUUCGACUAUGCCAAAAUUGUUAUGAGACUGUUGAAGUUCAAAUUCGCAAAUGUGCUCUCGGGGAUUCGGACAAAAACGUGCAGUUGGUUAGUUUGUAUGAAAAAUUGAUGAAGUUAAAGAUUGAGGCUUCUGAAGCUGUUGAAACUUAUGAAAUGAUGUGCAAAUGUUUCGCGGAUGGGGCAGAAAUAUAUCCAGCAGACAUGCAGCAGAUCUGCCGGCGAAUCAAGGUCUUCGCUGAGAAGAUAUACGGCCUAAGCCAGGAAAUCAGCGCUCUACCAGCACUCCCUGAUUCCAGACAGGCUGAAGUUCAUCAGUGGAUAAGAUAUUCUGCUAUUGAGUAUAUUCAGGAGGAACUGCUGACGCUGCGUAAACUGCCAACUGUAGAAGAUAUUGUAAAAAUUCAUUGACUUCUUAUUGCCUGAUAUUUUUCACACAGCAACAUUGUACGCAUAGUGAAUUUGCUUAUGAAUAAAAAUAAGGAUCUCAUAAUAACUGCCGUCCUUGUCAUAACUAACACAUUUGCAUUUAGGUAAAUUAUUUUAUUUUAUUUGGGAUAACAACAGACGUUACACAAUUUUAUCCUUAAAAUUCAUUUAGAACUUUUUGUUAUCCAGUAAAAUAAUUACUGACAAUGAACGUAAAAUACUAAGAAAAAAAAUGCAUAAACAAAGUUAAAUGAAACGAAAUAAUACUGUUUCUGUUAAGGCU